GCUCGGAUAGCAGCUGGCUCGAUGUCCCAGGUGGGCAGCAUGGAGGUUUUUAUGCCGGAGAUGCUAACAUUCAGCCUCUGGGACUACGGAGUAUUUGGUCUGAUGCUCCUGGUCUCCACGGGGAUUGGGCUUUUCUAUGCCCUCUCCAAAGGCGGGCAGAAGACCAGCGACGACUUCUUCACCGGGGGGCGCCAGAUGUCGGCCGUGCCUGUGGGGCUCUCGCUCUCUGCUAGCUUCAUGUCGGCCAUCCAGGUGCUGGGUGUGCCGGCAGAGGCCUACCGCUACGGCAUGAAGUUCUUGUGGAUGUGCCUGGGGCAGAUGCUCAACACCCUGCUGACCACCUACCUCUUCCUGCCCGUCUUCUACCGCCUGGGGCUGACCAGCACCUACGAGUACCUGGAGAUGAGAUUCAGCAGGAAGGUUCGUCUAUGUGGGACCAUCCAGUACAUCACUGCCACGAUGCUGUACACAGGGAUAGUCAUCUAUGCCCCUGCGCUGAUCCUCAACCAAGUGACAGGGCUGGAUAUCUGGGCAUCUCUUCUCUCCACUGGAGCCAUCUGCACCUUCUACACCACCAUAGGUGGGAUGAAGGCUGUCAUCUGGACAGAUGUGUUCCAGGUGUUCGUGAUGCUGUCUGGGUUCAUUGCCAUCCUGAUCCAGGGGACGCUGCUUGUGGGCAGCCCUGGAGCAGUCCUGGAGAUCACAUCCAACCACUCCAGGGUUAACCUGCUCGACUUCGACCCAGACCCCAGGAGCCGCUACACCUUCUGGACCUUCACCUUUGGGGGCACCAUGGUGUGGCUCUCCAUGUACGGUGUGAACCAGGCCCAGGUCCAGCGCUAUGUGGCCUGCAAGACGGAGAAUGAGGCAAAACUUGCUCUGCUGGUCAAUCAAGUGGGCCUCUUCUUCAUCGUCUCCAGCGCGGUGGGCUGUGGCAUUGUGAUGUUUGCGCUCUACAAGGACUGUGAUCCCCUCCUGGCUGGAUACAUCUCUGCCCCCGACCAGUACAUGCCCUACCUGGUCCUGGAUAUCUUUGAGAAGUACCCGGGCGUGCCCGGUCUCUUCCUGGCCUGCGCGUACAGUGGGACCCUCAGCACGGCGUCCACCAGCAUCAACGCCAUGGCAGCCGUCACCGUGGAAGACCUGGUCAAGCCCAGCAUGCCCUCCCUGUCGCCACAGAAACUCACCCUCCUCUCUAAGGGACUCUCAUUGAUCUACGGCAUCUCCUGCAUCACGGUGGCUGCCUUGUCUUCCCUGCUGGGAGGCGGUGUGCUGCAGGGUUCCUUCACCGUCAUGGGCGUGAUAAGCGGCCCUUUGCUUGGAGCCUUCAUCCUUGGGAUGUUCAUACCCGUUUGCAACACAGUCGGGGUUUUUGCAGGCUUGGGGUCUGGUUUUGUCCUCUCCUUCUGGGUGGCGGUGGGGGGCACCAUCUACCCACCCAGUGAGGACACCAUGGGAGUGCUGCCUUACUACGGAGACCUGUGCCCGCUCUACAAUGCUACCGAGGGGAUCAACAGCACCAUUGUCCUGGGACCCCUGCCUCCGCGGAACGUCUCUGCACCCUUGGAAAGGCCGGCCAUUGCCGAUGACUUCUACGCCAUGUCCUACCUCUACUUUGGGGCUUUGGGGACGCUGUCCACUGUGGUGGUGGGGGUGCUGAUAAGUUACCUGACAGGUCCUACCAAGAGGAGCCAGAUGCCCCGGGGCGUGCUCUGGUGGGACAUUAUCAAGGAGACCUCUUCGCUCUCCCCAGAGGGCAGGAAAAACCCCUCUGAGGACAGUCUGACCAAGGACUCAGGGGUCUCCCCCACUCUGCAGAAGAAGCCGUUCAGCUCCUCCACGUUCCUGCUGGCAGGGCUCACGGGCAGCGAGGAGGCCGACCGGGCGCUGCUGGCGAAGCAGCUGGAGGCGGGCGCCCCCUUGCAGUGCGACUCCGAGGAGUUCCUCUGGCUCGGCCACCCUGUCGACGCCGGCUGCUGCCACCUGCCGCGAGAGACCAGCGUCUAGGGCUGGGCAGCGCCGCUGAGCUGCGGCCCAAAGGGGAGGCUGAGCUGGGUUCAGCCAGCCCCCAUCACCCCAGAGCCAGCAUGCGGGGAGGGGAACGAAUCCAGCCCCCGCCCCAGUGAGGGAGCAAUGGACAGAGCAGCCCUGGGCUGGCCAACCCCCUCCACAUUUCCCCCAGCAAGGACAUUCUGGGAGGAGUAUUACAGCACCCCCCACCCUGCACCGUCCCCCUCCAGGGGGUGCCUGUGGCUCUGACUGGCCAGGCAGAGGCUGACACGGCAAAGCGGCUGCACUAAGGUACCUGGAUGCUGCAGGCGCCAGCCAGGCACAGCCCAAGUGGGUUUGGGAAGGCAGUAGCCACACAGAGGACCCAAGCUGCAGCCGGUGCUGAGCCCUGUGGCUGUGACAGAGCAGGGCCUUGUCUAGAGCUGCCCACCCCCUCCUGGCUGCUAACAUAGCAACAGAUGGAGCCCUGGGAUUUAGGCUGGUGAUUUAUGGGGAAACUGAGGCAGGGAGCAAGCAAGGGGCUUGGCAAGUUGGAGAAUGGGCCGUGGAAAGAACCCUGGAGUCCUGGGCUGAGCACCAGAGCAGCGCUCACCACAUCUGCUAGGCCAGCCCCCAUCCAAAUUCUGCCUCUGCCCCCCUGAGCCAGGACCAGCUUCUCUGCCCCCCGGCCCCACUGCGGCAGCAAUCAGCAGCUGAAGCCACUCGGCACUAAGUACCACAUCAGCUCAUUUUAACCGGUGUGGGGAAUGGUGUGGGGCAGGGUUAGGCUGAGCUCUGGGGGACAGAUGGGGUCAGCUCUGCCCUGGCCUCUCAGGCCAGCCAUUAGGCCGUAUCCCCAGCUGCGGUAAACAGGCCCUAGCCCCGCUGAUGUCCCGAUUUCCAGGUGGGGCUGCGGGCCGAGCUCUCUCCUUGGGCAGGCUCAGGCCCGACCUGGGGUUUUCAGGGAGUGUUUGGAGUUAACAGUGUCUCGCUCCAGGCACCCUCUGGCAGCAUAUCGGCAUGGCUUCGAGACUCCUGCUUCUUGCAUAACUCCUCUGUGCCUGAAGUACUUUAUCAACCCACCGCAGACCGUACCUGCUCAUGAAAUAGCUUAUCUGCCCACUGUCUAUCUUAUCGGGGGCACACAGCGCCUGUUGACUGUAAA